UCUCUUCGCCUGAGGAUGACAUUCUUCCACGUGGCUGUCCGGAGACACUUUCCGGCCCUACUUCUCCGGCAAACUUCUCGAAUAUUUAUCCCUCGCCGGUGGAAUUCCGGCGGAGCCCAAGCUGAUCCAUCAUGCAAGUAUGAAGAAAGCUUCACUCAGGGAAUAAUGGAGUUUCCAGGUGGAAAAGUUGCAUUUACACCGGAGAUGAGAUUCAUUGCAGAAUACCCAGAUGAGAGAAUUCCUUGUUUUCGAGUUCUUGAUGAUAAUGGAUUCCCACAUCGAGGGUUUCAUGAUCUGGUGAGCAAAGAAGAAGCAAUAAAGAUGUACAAGAACAUGGUGACACUACAAACAAUGGACGCCAUUUUCUUCGAAGCUCAAAGGCAAGGAAGACUAAGUUUCUACCUCACCUCGAGUGGCGAAGAAGCCAUCAAUAUAGGGUCGGCUGCCGCCAUGUCAUCAGAAGACGUCGUUCUACCUCAAUAUCGAGAACAAGGAAUUCUACUAUGGCGUGGUUUCACACUUCGAGAAUUUGCAAACCAAUGUUUUGGAAAUAAAGAGGAUUAUGGGAAGGGAAGGCAAAUGCCAAUUCAUUAUGGGUCUAAGAAGCUCAAUUACUUCACGGUUUCUUCUCCUAUAGCCACUCAACUUCCUCAAGCUGUCGGAGUCGCUUAUUCUCUCAAGAUGGACGGUAAGGAUGCUUGUGUCGUAACAUAUUUUGGCGACGGAGCUAGUAGUGAGGGAGAUUGCCAUGCUAGUUUAAAUUUUGCAGCCGUCUUGGAAGCUCCCGUAGUGUUCAUUUGUCGUAACAAUGGUUGGGCGAUAAGCACACCCAUAGAACAACAAUUUAGAAGUGAUGGAAUCGUGGUAAGAGGGCAAGCGUAUGGAAUUCUUAGCAUUCGAGUGGAUGGAAACGAUGCAUUGGCUGUCUAUGCUGCAGUUUCAUCGGCUCGAGAAAUGGCUAUUAAAGAGCAAAAGCCCAUUCUAGUUGAGGUUAUGUCAUAUCGAGUUGGACAUCAUUCGACGUCAGAUGAUUCUACAAAGUAUAGGCCGGUGAACGAAAUUGAGCAUUGGAAAAUAGCCGGAAGUCCUAUUGCUAGGUUUAGGAAAUGGGUCGAGAGAAGCGGAUGGUGGAGCGACGACGAGGAGUCCAAACAUCGCAAUAGCAUUAGGAAAGAGGUGUUGCAAGCGAUUCAAGAGGCAGAGAAGAUAGAGAAGCCGACCAUAUCGAAUCUCUUUGCGGAUGUAUAUGACUUACCCCCGAAGAAUCUUCAAGAUCAAGAGAGAUUUGUAAGAAAGGAUGUAAUGAAGCACCCUCAAGAUUAUCCUAAUGAUGUUCCUUUAUAGGUUUAAUAAUUUCAA